AUGACAAACCUCCUAACCAUCUCCACCCCCACCGAGGUUCUCGCCGCCAUGGCUGCCAUGGGCCACGAUCCCCGAGCGACACGCAACACCAUCGGUAUGGACUUCACCCCAACUCAGCGGACAGAGACAUACCCCUUCAUCUCCCCUUCCCAACACAACCUCACCGGCCGCUCCGUCUUCAUCACCGGCGCCUCCAAAGGCCUCGGCGCAGCAUAUGCCAUCUCCUACGCCAAAGCUGGCAUCACGAAUAUAGGCCUAUCCGCCCGCUCGGAUUUGGACCUUGUGGAAGAAAGGGUCCUCGUCGCCGCGAAGAGAGCCGAGCGCCCUACUCCGCGAAUCUUGAAGGUGAAGAUAGAUGUUACGAAGAAUGAGCAAGUCACCGAAGCUGCGGAGCGGGUCAAAGAUGUCUUCGGUGGCGGGGUUGAUAUUCUAAUCAAUAACGCCGGUACCAUCGAUGCUGGCGUUCCUAUGGUUGAGGUCGACGUUGUUGAAUGGUGGCAUACGUUCCAUGUGAACGUCCUCGGCACGUUCCACGUCACACGCGCUUUCACGCCUCUGGUGCUCGCCUCGUCGCUCAAGACCAUCAUCAUGGUCGGCUCCGCCUGGGGCCUCACAACCUUCGCAGAGAACUCCGCAUAUCAGAUUACCAAGCUCACGGAGUUUCGGUUGGUGGAUAUGGUCAAUGUCAAUUCUCCCCCGAUGUGUCCUGCGAAGGAGCCAGGUGGUAGGGAUGAGGGAUUGCUGUGCUAUAUGGUGCAUCCGGAUGCGAUCAGGACAGAGCUGGCAGCGGGGUUGGGGGAGAAAUUGCGCUUUAUGUUGGUGAGUUCGGCGGAGUUGGCGGCUGAUGGGUUGGUGUGGUUGACGGCUGAGAGGCGGGAGUGGUUGAGGGGGAGGUUUGUCAGUUGUAUGUGGGAUCUUGAGGAGUUUGUGGGGUUGAGGGAGGAGAUUGUUAGGGAAAAUUUGUUGAAGGUGAGGAUGAGUGUUGGUGGGUAA